AUGCCUACCGUCAAAGGCCCCAUUCGACAAGUGCAGCUAGAUAUCCCUUCUUUAGUGGAGAGAAAGAGAGCCCGAGACUCCAGUGUCGAGACUCCUGGACCCCAAGACGAACAGCUUUUCGACAAGAAGGUGAAGGUGGAGGUUAAAGAAGAGGUUGAAGAAGAGAUUGAGGAUGGCCUGGACUCCUCGGACGACUCGGACACAACCACCAUCGACGUGUCCAACCACACUGUUGUUCUUCUGGACAAGAAGGGACCAUAUACCCAUUCAUUAACCUCUCACACACGGUACACUCCUGGCUCCGACGAGGUUCUGGUGCGCAACAAGGUCAUUGGAUUGAAUCCCAUUGAUUGGAAGGCGGUGCGAUAUGGCUUUGGAGUGUAUUCGUUCCCCUGGAUCAAUGGAAGAGAGUCUGCCGGCAUUGUGGAGAGCGUAGGACAAGACGUGACCCGAGUGAGACCAGGAGACGAGGUGAUUGUCACUUCCACUUCCUACAGAGACAACCGAACAUCCACUUUUCAGCAGUACACAAUAGCCAAGGGCUCGAAUCUGAUUCUCAAGCCCCGCAAAAUCAGUUUCAGCGCCGCAGCCACUCUGGGUGUUGGGGCCGUCACUUCCACUCUAGCAUUUGCCGACAAUCUGAACAUUCUUUCUCUCGACGAGCUUCCCACCCCCAAACCGUCGCCGAAAGAGUCCGAGUCGUGGGUCGUGGUAUGGGGAGGUGCCUGUGUCACGGGUAUCUACGCCAUUCAACUGGCCAAGCAUCUCGACUUCAACGUGUUGGCUGUAUCCAGUAAAGAGUCGGCAAACUACGUUAAGUCUUUUGGAGCAGACGUGGUGCUGGAUAGACACGAUAUUGCGGGCAAGGAGCAGGACUCUAUCAUUGCAGCCAUACCCGAGGGUCACAGUGUUUCACACGGCUUUGACUGUGUGGGAAGCACCAGUAGCAGCCAUCUGGCAAGUGUUCUCAGUCAGCAGAAUACUAGUAGUACAGAAAAAGUGCCGCUGGUGUGUCUUGUCAAGUCUCCUUCCAAGCCCGAGGAGCUGGCUCGAUAUGACGACACCAAGGUCCGCAUCGAGUCGGUGCUCAUCAAAAAGUUCCACGAAGAUCUCGACCACGGUCUCAAGGUGUCACGGUACCUGGAGCAGCUUCUGGAGCUGGACAUAUUGCGGCCCGCCCAGCACCAGGAGAUUGCCGGAGGUCUUCAAUUGGGCGUCAUAGAGGGUCUUCGCAAGCUCGAGCACGACAAUAUCAGAGCACAAAAGUUGGUGGUUCCAGUGUAG